UCAGAUCCUCUCCCCGCCGAGGUCGAGGCUUCUUAUGCCGUCAUAAUCGACGAGAUCCUUCGCGCCAGCGACCUCAACACCAUCUCUGCAAAGCGCAUACGCAAGGGACUACAAGAGCGAAUUGGCCAUGACACGUCGAAUCAAAAGGCACGUCAGUUGCGCGCGCAGCCUGGUUCUCUGCUAACUCCCGCCCAGGAUGCGAUCACCGCCCUCAUCAUGCAGCGCUUCGACAGGUUCAACUCGGACGAAAACGGCACCGCCACCGAGCCGCAAGAGCCUGUACCCACGGUCGAAAACGGAGCGGCCUCGACCUCGGCGACCCCCGAGCAGAAGCGCUCGCCCGACUCGGAAUCAGCGCUCUCCUCGCUCGAAGACGCGGCGCCGCCGCCGAAGAAGGCAAAGAAGAGCAAGGCGACCGAAGACGACGACGCAGCGUUCGCGCGCAAGCUACAAGCGGAGGAGAACGCGCGCAGCGGCCGCGCAACCCGCGGAGGGAACACACGCAAGAAAGCGCCCGCGCCCAAGAAGAAGACCAAGAAGAAGAGCUCCAACCGCGUCAAGGACGAGGACGACAGCGACAUUGCGUCGGGCAGCGACAAGGAGAAGAAGAGCCCCAGCCGGAAAGGAGGAUUCCACAAACCGAUGGCGCUCUCGCCUGCGCUCUCGUCGCUGCUGAACGAAACACAGCUCUCGCGCCCGCAGACGGUCAAGAAGAUCUGGGAGUAUGUCAAGGCGCGCGAGCUGCAGGACCCGAGCGACAAGCGGCAGAUCCGGUGCGACGACGCGAUGCGCGCCGUCUUCAAGCAGGACCGCGUGCACAUGUUCACCAUGAACAAGCUGCUGAACCAGAACCUGUACGCCGUCGACGAGAUCACGACGGCGCCCGCGGCGGUGCAGUCGGGCUCUGAGUAG